UUUUAGGGUUCUUGCUAGCUAGAGUUUGGAGAUGGCAGCGAUCACCAGGGGAUCGCGAUUGAACGUCGCAGCAUUGGACGCCGAAAAUCCGCCCUCUGCGAUCGAGAAAUGGGGGCCGGAGACGGCGAUUCUCUUCGUCGUCGUGUCGCUGGCGAUUGGGACGGUGUCGAGGCAACUCUUGCACAAGACCAAGGUUCCCUACACUGUGGCGCUGCUGGUGAUUGGAAUGGGGCUGGGCGCUCUAGAAUAUGGAACUCAACGGGGCCUGGGAUCUCUCGGCCAUAGCAUUCGCUUGUGGUCGAACAUUCAUCCCAAUCUCAUUCUCUACGUGUUCUUGCCGGCUCUUCUUUUCGAGAGCUCGUUUUCCAUGGAAGUCCAUCAAAUCAAGAGGUGCUUGGUACAGAUGGGACUCCUCGCGGGCCCUGGAGUGGUCAUUUCAACAUUUUGUCUGGGGCUUUUCAGCCACUUUAUUCUUCCUUAUGGAUGGAGCUGGAGUGUGUCCUUAUUACUGGGAGGGCUUCUCAGUGCCACGGAUCCUGUAGCGGUUGUCUCUCUUCUCAGAGAUGUGAAGGCAAGCAAAAAACUGAGCACGAUAAUUGAGGGGGAAGCAUUGAUGAACGAUGGAACAGCAAUGGUGGUGUUUGAGCUUUUCCAUCAAAUGGUGCUCGGGAAACAUUUCUCUGCUGGCGACAUUUGCAAAUUCUUGUCUCAAGUUGCAUUGGGAUCCGUGGCGCUGGGCAUGACUUUUGGAAUGCUGUCGAUCUUUUGGCUCGGGAUCAUGUUUAACGAUACCGUUAUAGAAAUCACGCUGACUUUCACAGCAAGUUAUUGUGCGUUCUUCAUAGCUCAGCAUGUUGCUGGUGUUUCUGGAGUGCUGGCAGUCAUGACGGUUGGCAUGUUAUUUGCAGCGUUUGGGAGGGCCGCUUUCAAAGGUGAAAGCCAACAGAGUAUGCAUUGCUUUUGGACCAUCAUUACAUACUUUGCAAAUACCGUUAUUUUCAUCCUAAGUGGCGUAGUCAUUGCGGAAAGUUUCCUGCGAAGUCAAUCACAAAUUGAAGGUCGCGACUGGGCAUAUUUGCUGUGUUUGUACUUCUUUCUACAGCUAUCACGGGCAUUGGUAGUGAUUGCACUGUAUCCCGGCUUGAGUUAUUACGGAUAUGGAUUAAGUUUCAAGGAGGCUCUUAUACUAGUCUGGUCUGGUCUUCGAGGUGCUGUAGCACUUGCUCUGUCACUUUCUGUAAAGGAAAGUGAAAAUGAUGAGAGUGUCGCAGGAAGAAUACAAGCAAAGUUUGUCUUCUUUACAGGGGGCGUGGUUUUCCUAACGCUCAUUGUGAACGGUACGUCAACACAGUUUCUUUUGAAGUUUCUCCACAUGGAGAAAACCUCGGAGACGAAGAGGCUUGUGUUGGAGCACGUAAACUACGAAAUGAAUAGCAAGACAGCUGAAGCAUUCGAAGAGCUUGGAGAAGACGAAGAACUUGGUCCCGCUGAUUGGCCGACCGUGCGCAAAUAUAUAAGCUGCUUGAAUCGACUUCCAGAAGACGAAGCGCGUAUCCAUCCCCAUGAUGCCUCGACUAGCGAGGGUGACACGCGUAAGACACAGCUGCAAGACCUCCGUCUCCGCUUCCUAAAUGGAGUACAAGCGGCUUACUGGGUGAUGCUUGAAGAAGGAAGAAUCACACAGACGGCUGCCCUGCUGUUAAUGCAGUCCGUGGACGAGGCUCUGGAUAGAGUCGCCAAGCAGGAUGUUCUUUCGGACUGGAGCGGUGUGCAUCCCCACGUUCACUGCCCCAGCUACUUGAAGCAUCUACAAAUAGGAAAUUUGUUUUUGCCGCAGAAGUUGUUAACUUACCUGGUUGUGGAGCGUCUGGAGCUUAGUUGCUACAUUAGUGCUGCGUUUCUUCGUGCUCAUCUCCUUGUUCGACGUCAUCUACGAGCUUUCAUAGGAGAAACGGAAGUUGGAGAGAUUGUGAUUAAAGAGAGCGAGGAAGAGACUGUCGAAGCUAAGCAGUUUUUAGAGGGUAUACGUCUCACAUUUUCACAGGUAUCCAUUUCUCAUUAUGGCUUUGUAAGCGUGUCGAACACAUGUUUGCAGGUAUUGCGUGUUGUGAAAACCAAACAAGUUGUCCAUGCAAUUUUACUUCGCAUCUCGGACUAUAUUCAAAGUUUGGAAAAAUCCGGUCUGCUCGAGGAUAGCGAAACAAUGCAUCUUCAUGAUGCUGUGCAGGCUGAUUUGAAAAGGUUACUGAGAAAUCCUCCAAGCGUUUCAAUGCCGAAGGGAGCAGAUCUUUUGCGUACUCAGCCUUUUAUAACAUCUCUUCCGAGCCAAAUUCAAGCCUUGAUUUUUAAUUCCUCGAAGGAGUUUCUAAAGCUGAGAGGCAGCGUUCUCUAUAAAGAAGGCUCUCGUGCGGACGGCCUUUGGCUUAUAGCGAAUGGUAUUGUCAAGUGGAACACUAGUCGCAAUUCCAGGCAUCUAUUGCAUCCAACGUUUUCUCAUGGCAGUACUUUGGGUCUUUACGAAGUUAUCAUGGGAAAGUCGUUCCUCUGUGAUUUGAUCGCAGACUCGGUGGUUCAGUGCUUUUAUCUGGAAGCAUCUAAAGUAAUGUCUAUCUUACAAGCCAACACAGAGCUGGAACAGUUUUUUUGGCAGGAAAGCACCCUUCCGGUUUUGAAGAUAAUUUUACCGGAUUUUUUCGAAGCAAUGCCUAUGCAUGAGCUCCGAGUCACUGUCCAGAAUUCUAGCAUGAUAUCUUUCAUCCGCGGAGAGAUUAUUGAAGUACCAGUUGGCGAGAUAGGCCUUCUUAUUGAAGGAUUUCUCAAGCAGGACGGGGAAAACGAAAUAAUCGGAGCCCCGGCUGGAAUUGUUUGUCCCAGCCACGAGACAGAGCGGAAGGUUUCUGGCAACGGUGUCUUUUACGGAAACAUAUUUCACGUAGAGACGCGCUCUCGUCUGGUUCUCAUCAGGCACAACGUCCACACGAGAGUUUCUUCGCAGUCCUUGCUUUCCCGUCGAUCCAGUGCAAUUGGGCAUGGCAGCAGCUUCAGCUUGAGGUACCGAGGAAGGCACGGGUCGGAUCAAAGCCGGAACUCGGAGCAGCAGAUCCUUGCCCGGAUGAGGCAAGGCUCGGCAACAACGAACGAAGCCAACGUUCUUGAAGAAAUCAAGAUGGAGAGCGCGUGGAAACGAGGAAGCACGGGCCAGAUAUGGCCACAGCAGCCUCAAGCCGUCCCACCUUUGUUCCCGGGAGGAGUCCGGCGACGCUCGCUCGAGAGGCCGCGGGAACUCCAGCCUCAAGGAAGCCUGCCGCUCAUCUCAGCGCCGCCGGUUCCGCCACUCCCGGCCCUGAGAACGCGGCGGAAGCUCCGGAAGAAGCAGCUGUCCAGCGAUUCCAGCGACGAGGAGGAGGAGCACAUCGUGCAAAUCGAGUCGCCCAGCAGCCUCUUCCACAACGCUUUCAAGUGAAACAAGAGUUAGUUUGUACGGGCGGUGGGGCUGGCGACCGUACGCUUCUAGGGCGCGCGGAUUUGGGCCACUCGAUGCUUUUGCCCUAGGGUUUGAGCUGUUUGUGAUCUUUGCCA